AUGGGUGGCCGAGCUCCCCUUCCAAGGGCCGUGGCACCCAAGGGCGCAGCCAGAUUGCUGGGCUCCCAGGCCUCGGACACGAAGCGCCGGGCUGGAGGAGCAGGAGGCAGACCUGGGCUGAGCGGCUGUUCCCGCAGAGCCGCGCAGCACCCCUCGCCCCAGCCCCGGAUGGCCGCGUUGCGCGGCGGGGGAGCUGCCCGCCAGGACGACCUCGCGGCCCCGCGUUCGCGUCCCCGAGAAGGCGCAGGCUCGGCCCGCGGCCCUCGGCCGUGCAGGGCCUCCCCCUGCGCGCCCGUGCAGCCGGCCGCCCGCGGGCCGGCGGAGCAGAGGGAGCCGCCUCCUGCCGGGGCGCCCUCGGUGCCGGUGGUCCCGUUUGUGCAGGAAACAAUGCCCGCUUGCAGCGACGGCUCGCCCAGAAGCAGGAAAGGCGCAGGGCUCGGGUCGUCCCGCAACCCACUGGGAGGCAAAGGCACUCUGCACGAGGCCAGGAGCACCUUCGCCGCCGCCGUUACGCGUGACUGGCCCUCCCGAGGGUCCCUUGUCCGGGUCUCGACAUCUCGACACGCCCCGGGAGGCGCUGCCGGCCAGGGGCGCGAAUUGCCCCCUCGGGGGCAGUUGGAGGGGCCGAUCCGGAGCCUUCGCCCUCCCCGCCCAGCAGCCGUACCCGAGGCCGCGGUGGAGCGCCCCCUCCUGGCCCCCCCGCACCUGCCGCGGAGCGGGGGGCCCCCUCGCCUGCCUCCGCGCCGGGAAGGCAGCUGCGCAAAGCGGGGCGUUGCGCUUCGCCGAGACGGGCGUCCACGGCGGGGCCGGGCGCCCCCUCCCAUUUCCUCGGUAUCCCGCGCCCAGCCUCCGUCCCUGUGGAGGGAGGUGGGCCUCACAGCUGUCAAACGCAAGGCCCGCCGGGAGCUGUAG